AUGACGAUUUUGUUUGCGGGACACGAAACUACGAGCAGUGUAACGUCUUGGGCUUUGUAUCUACUUGCAAAACAUCCACAUGUUCAGGAUAAAUUACGUGAAGAGUUGGUAAAAGCUUUUCCCGAUAAAUCAAUAUUUAAUCCCAACUUUGACGAAAUUAAUUCUUUGGAAUACCUUAAUUGCGUAGUUAAAGAAACGUUAAGAUUAAAUCCUGCAGUUUCGAUUCUUCAACGUUCUAAUAUCAAAGAUAUGAUUAUUGACGGGCAUUUUGUUCCAAAAGGUUCUACAAUUGAUAUCCCAAUUGCGACAAUUCAGAGAUUACCUUCGAUUUGGGGACCAACUGCUGACAAUUUUGACCCAAAAAGGUGGUUAGAUUCUUCAUUAAUUAAAGAGGUUACAAAUUACAAUUAUUUGCCUUUCGGUACAGGUAUUAGAUCUUGUAUAGGUAACAAAAUAGCUUUAAGUGAGUUGAAAGUAUUAUUAGGUAUGCUAGUUAGAAAUUUUACUAUUCAACCCGUUGAAGGAUUUAAUGUUAAGAAAAGGGUUGGUAUAUUUGGUAAACCAGAUCCAUAUGUUGAAUUAAUUGUUUCCAUGGUUGAAGUUUAA